AUGGCGUUUAGUUUUUCGAAUGCUGCGUCAGGCGGCUCGGGUGCUGGUUCGCUUGGGGUGACCGUCAAAGACGGAGCAGAACUGCAAGAAAUUCAAACAAACGAAUUGGGAUUCGCCGCGCUUAAUGGCGAGUCGAGAGUUCAGCUCCUUCCGACACCAUGGCCUGCAGACAAUCUCCCUCCUCCCUCAUCAUCGUUGCUCAGUGUCGCAUCAGCCAGAGGCUUGUUAGCUGCCGCAGGACCCGAUGCGGUCUACAUCACCUCCACGACCAAAGUCCGAGAAGCCUUCCACUCUCCACCACCUGAAAAGAACCAGACACGGCAAUUGCAGCCAGAGAUCAAGUUGCCAUAUCCACGAGUCUCCCAUGUCGCUUUUUCUUGCGACGAGAGCGUUCUCGUCAUCUCUACGAUGGGAGGAAUUGUAGCCUUCCAGGUGGAAAGUUUGCAGAAAGGCAACCUUACUCCUGCAUUGGAGAUAUCCACCAAUAACCAGAACCUCCGAAUGAUUGUGCCAAAUCCGGUCGUCGAAUCGGCGGAAUUGUUCGCUGUCAUCACCGCAAAUGGUGAUCUGAUGCUUCUUGACUUGAAAGCUGGGGGGAUCAAGUCUGGCAGCGAAGGCAAUGUGCUCAAGGGAGGCGCUAGCUGUCUGUCAUGGAGUAAUAGAGGCAAACAAUUGGUCGCAGGCAUGUCGGAUGGGACGGCGAUCCAGAUGAAACCAGAUGGCACCGUUGUUGCAAACAUUCCCAAGUCAACAAGCAUCCCCCAAGACUCGCACGUCUCUGGUAUCUCAUGGCUCGAGAAUGAUACUUUCUUCAUCAUCUAUACACCCAACAACACAGACGAGGAGAUUCCGCCGUCAGAAUACUACAUCGUGCAGAGGGUCAAAACAAACUACACAUUUCAGAAACUCCCAGAGGUUCUGCCACCGUUUGGUCUGUCGAGACUGCCUACUUUCCACUUCAUCUCGAGACUGAGGAACUUUGCGCCCAUUCAAGACUUGUUAAUAGUGACUGCCACGACUGCUACAGACGUGGGGCUAAUUUCGAAGUCGGAGCAGCCUUUGUCACAGGAGGAUCCAGUCGUGUCGGCAUUUACUUUCACCACAAUCGAAGAUGAUACGAGGCGUGCCCAACUCCCCCUCUCUGCAACCAUGGAGGAUACCUCUCCAAUUGGGAUGGUAGUGGACUUGUCGAGCUCGGAAAAGGUCCCGAACCCCAUCCCGUCAGACCCGGAAAUUGAAGAGACUGCUGGACCUGUACCAUGCCUGCUCAUAUUAAACAAUGAAGGCAUCCUGGUGGGCUGGUGGGUCAUUAAUAACGAGUCCGUCCGAUCAAAGACUACCUUUUCCGGUUUUGCGUCUGUCCAAGCUGCAAAGGAAGGCUCAUCCCCUUCUAUUCGGCCCCCGUCACCUGCUCCUGCUGUGGCCGCCGCUCCUGCUACUGGCGGAACACGUGCUGCCAGUGCUCUUGGACAAGGUACAAGCGGAGGCUUCGGUAUGCCUUCAGCCCCCUCAUCCUUUGGUGUGCCUUCUGCCAAACCAUUUGGGACUUCAUCCCCGAUCACGUCUGAUAAUAAACCUUCAUGGGCCAGCACGGGGUUUAGCUCUGCCCCAGGUGGAGCGUCGACGCCGGCCUUUGGGCCGGCUGCAUUCGGUUCAGCCACACCCAUGGGAGCGGCGAGUGCUCCUGCAUUUGGGUCAGCAAGUGCCUUGGGAAGUCGAGCGUCGGCUUUUGGACAACCCUCGGCCAUUGGGGGGACUCCAUCAUUUGGCCAGACUGCGACCUUUGGCACUGCUUCACCCUCUAGUCUAUUUGCGAAACCAGGGGGUGACUCAAACAGCUCGGGCUUUGCCUCGUUCUCGAAGGGAGGAGGCUUUGCUUCUUUUGCCGGUGGCGCCUCUGGACAAGCCAGCCAAAGUCCUUUUGCUGCAGCAAGCGGGACAAGUCCCUUUGCACAAGCAUCAGGAAAUUUGUUCAGCUCCAACAAAUCCCAGGAAUCGCCGUUUGCAACCAAGAAAACCAGCGAUGCUCCCAGCUCGUUCGGAUCAGCAAGUGCUUUCAAAUUGCAAUCAUCGUUCCGAGGGGAUGGGACAGCGAAGGAUGACCUUCCGCAACCCAAAGAACCUGGCGGUUUUAGUUUUGGUCCCUCAUUUAGUGAUAUGCUCAGCGGCAGUAAGCCCGCACUGUCUCCUACUCACAACAAAGAGGAGGAAAUGGACGAGGAAAGCGGCCAGAGCGAUGCUGAAUCCGACAGAAUCGAGGGUACGUCGCCCCAGAGAUUCUCCCCACAAACAUCAACGAAGCCUCCCCAAACGUUGGUCACACCUCCUUCCACACUCACACAAUCAAAAACUACUCCUGUCCCGCCUGUUUCGACCCUAUUUGGCCCGCCACAAAAUGAUACCACAACCCCACUAUCUCAGAAUACUACCCCGGCAUGGUCUUUCAAUGCCCUACCCUCCACAACUCCCAAAGAAACCCCGAAGCCUUCCCAUAUGGCCAUGUUUGGCACGAAACCCACAGCUCAAGAAACACCGGCCGCCGUACAGAAGAGCGUUCCAGCGCCGACUUUCGGUUCUGUGGAGCCGCGACCAGAGAUUAAAAAGGAACCUGCGGACCAGGACGAAUCUGUUGAUCUCAAAACUAUUCCCGAAGCACCUCUACCUCCUGACACUAUUAGCAAACCACGAUAUGCAUCGGGUGAAACUUCCGCCUCAUCGAAUGAUUCGAAGACGCUGCCAGAUGACGCGCCUCUGCCGCCAGAUUUCCUUCCUGUGCCUCGAGCAGGCCAAGCGGAAGAGGCCAACCCAGAACUACCAGAUGAUGACGAAGAUGAAUUCAGCUCUGGUUUCGAGGACGAAGCGGAAGAAAGUGAAGACGAGGUUGAGAGUCCGGAGGAACAAACAGAACGUUUAGAGACAUCACCAGAAAGUUCAUUCAAGAGUGGCGGUGGGAGUCCCGAAACAAGUCCCACAGGUGGGCUGUUUACAAAAGUUACUUCAGCCUCCAUUGCACCCAAGCCUCCCAGACCGCUCUUUGGUGAAGUGGGUGCUGCACCUGUUUUCGCACCACCCAAACCACAAGAAAGUCCACGGUCGCCAAGCCCCGUUAGGCAGGCUUUCUCAAUCGAUGGUCUUCGAGCAGAUGCCUCUAGGUCGGUUAGUGCACCGGCACAUCCUCGGUCCAUCAUUGACCAGCGGAAGGCUGAAUACCAGAGAUCUGGACUGGCCGCACAGGCAGCUAGGACAAGAGACGAAGAGGCAGCCAAAGAGAAGGCUCGCCGCGAGGCUAUUGCGCGGGAAAAGGCGCAAGCUGAAGCUCAAGAGCUGGCACCACUCGAGGAUGACGAGGACGAGAUACUGCGCCAGGAACUGGAGAGACCUAUCACGCCGUCCGAAACAUUGGACGAUUUCGUCACUUACCAACCCCGGCCCCGCGAAGAGACACAUAAGACUGGCAUACCAGCACAGAUCGAGCGGCUUUACUCGGAUAUCAAUUCGAUGGUGUACACCCUGGGAAUCAAUUGCCGUUCGCUAACGUCAUUUCUGCAAUACCAGCAACCGGAAGCAACCAAUCAGUCGUGGCCUGCCGUGCUCAAAUCCGAGACGCCACUUGACGCCCUGAAUGACGAGCUUCUGUUGACCGAUAUUGCGAGGUUGCAUGAAGGAUAUGCUGUGCUUUCAGAUAUGCUUGCCGACUGCCGUAUUGGAGACUACAUCGAGAAAUCUGAAGAGGCCCAAGCUCUGAUGAAGCGAGAGGUGUUCGACUUGAGGAACAAGCUCAUGUCUAUACGCAAGACCUUGCAGAGUUUGUCAACCACGGACGGCGCAGCGAGCGCACCUCUUUCUGCUGAGCAGACUUCUAUCCAGCAUGAUCUACGGAAGACUUUCACCUGUGUACAGACGCAGAUGGUUCAGAUUGAAGAUGGACUUUCUGUCCUUCGCGCGAAGCUCGCUCAGUUAGCUCCAGCCGAUGGCUCAAAUCAAGCAACAGGUGCUCUGGGACGAACCUCUUCGCGGAAGAAGCCAACAGUAGAAGCUGUGAAGAAGACUGUGGAAAAGAUGAUGUCUAUGGCGGAACAAAAGAGCGCAGAUAUCGACGUCCUUGAAGCGCAGCUCAAAAAGAUGACUGUGUCCUCGGGAACCUCACUGGUCAGCAAUGGCGACAUUUCCAGUGGCAUUCCAAGCACUCCCCCGCGUAUCCGACAGACGAGUGGCGCCGCGACCCCGGGAAGUGCAGGCAGCGUCUACCAUACACCAGACUCCAAGUUUGGCGGCAGCACGCGUCAAGCUCGAGGUUUCCGAACGAGCCAAAAUGGAGGGUUGACCAUGAUAUCGGCAGAAGACAAGCAACGAUGGCAGGCAAAGGCUCGCCGUCGCAAGGAUGUUGCCAACCUUUUGAAGGAAGUCUUGGAAGGGAAACAAAAGGGGGUUGCGAAGGUGGCCAAGGGUUGA